GGGUGUAACUGGGGGCCGACUGAAUUUAAAAACAUCUCCAGAGUGACCAGAAAUCACCAUUUGAUUCAGGUGAGAAAAGCAAGCAGACAUGAGUUUGACAGAGAAGGACAAGGCUGUUGUCAAGGCCUUUUGGGCCAAGAUCUCCAAGUCAGCUGAUGUUAUUGGGGCGGAUGCUCUGGGCAGAUUGCUCAGUGUUUACCCACAAACCAAAACCUACUUCUCCCACUGGCCAGAUGUGAGACCCGGCUCUGGCCCCGUAAAGAAACACGGCAAGAAAAUCAUGGGUGGAGUGGCUCAGGCUGUGGGCGUGAUUGAUGACCUGACCAACGGCCUGCUGGAGCUCAGUGAGCGGCAUGCCUUCCAGAUGAGGGUGGACCCGGCCAACUUCAAGAUCCUGGCCCAUUGCCUUCAGGUGGUGAUUGCCAUCAUGUUCCCCGGGGACUUCACCCCAGAGGUUCACGUCGCCUUUGAUAAAUUCCUGAGCGCCUUGGCCCUGGCUCUCUCUGAGAGAUACCGCUGAGCUGCCCCGCAGUUGGGUGAAGGCAGUCUCAACUAACUGAUCACGUUGUGCAUGGAGAAAUUCACGCAAUAAUAAAGCUGCAUGCCAC